UCGAAACUUCAAUUCAGAGCAAUAUCGAUGCAAUUUCAAACUACAAAUUCAAUUCUAACGCAAUGAGAAAAACCCUACUGAAAUCCCUCUACCCCAUCGCAACCAACAGACAUCACUCUUCGUCCAUCAAUGGCGGAAGAAAGAUUAAUCACCCACUUCACAAUUCAUCAAAACCCGACCCGAAUCCACCUCCCAUCUCAAACUCCAGAUGGGUUUUCACCACAACCGCACCCCCACCACCGGAAUGGGUUCAACCCAUCAACGACACCUCCGAUCUCAUCACAUCACACCCCAAACCUUCACCAUGGGUUGACCAGAUCCUCAAUCUUUUAAACGACGAUUCAUCCCAAAUGGAACCCAAAUUGGAUGAUUUUUGUCGCAAAUGGCUCAUCAGAUUAUCACCCAAUUUCGUUUCCUACAUUCUUAGUUCUAGUCGGGUCAAAAACCAGCCCGAAUUGUGCCAUCGGUUCUUCAAAUGGGCAGGUAAGCAAAAGGGUGGUGGAUACACUUACUCUCAUAAUCUUGAAUCUUAUGCUUUCUUGAUUGAUGUUCUAUCUGUUUCUAAAGAUUUACAUAGGGUUAAAUCUGUGUUCAUUGAGCUUAAACAAAAGGGUUUCUUGAUGAACAUAAAGUCUGCAAAUUUAUUGAUCAAAUCAUUUGGGAAUCUCGGAAUGGUUGAAGAAUUAUUAUGGGUAUGGAAACAAAUGAAAGAAAACGGCAUCGAACCCAGUUUGUUUACUUUCAAUUUCUUGAUAAACGGUUUGGUUAAUUCAAUGUUCAUCGAAUCAGCCGAACAAGUUUUUGAAGUUAUGGAAACCGGGGCCAUUAAACCCGAUACUGUAACAUAUAACACAAUGAUCAAAGGGUAUUGUAAAUCCGGAAACACAAAGAAAGCCAUGGAGAAAUUUAUGAAAAUGGAGGAAAAGAACAUAGAACACGAUAAGAUCACUUAUUUAACUUUAAUCCAAGCUUAUUAUUCAGACAACGAUUAUGAUUCUUGUUUGAAACUUUACAACGAAAUGGAAGAAAAAGAACUAGAAAUCCCACCACACGCUUAUAGUUUAGUAAUUGGAGGUCUUUGUAAAGCCGGGAAACCAAUGGAAGGGUAUAUGGUUUUUGAAAACAUGAUCCAAAAAGGGCGUAAAGGUAAUCUUGCAAUUUACACCGCUUUAAUGGACGGAUAUGCAAAAGCCGGGCACGUAAACGAGGUGAUAAGAAUUUUCGAGAGGCUAAAUAAUGACGGUUUUACCCCCGACGAGGUCACUUACGGUGUAAUCGUGAACGUUUUAUGUAAAACCGGACGAUUAUCCGAGGCGUUACAAUAUUUUAAUUUAUGUCGCGAGAAUAAAAUCGCGAUUAAUUCGAUGUUUUAUUCGAGUUUAAUCGACGGAUUUGGAAAAUCUGGGAGAUUAUUAGAAGCCGAAAAGUUAUUCGAAGAAAUGGUUGCCAAUAAAAUUACUUGCGAUUCGUAUUGCUAUAAUGCGAUUCUUGAUGCGUAUAUGAAGAACGGGAAGAUCGAUGAGGGAUUGUCGGUUUUUGAAAAGAUGGAAAUCGACGGUUGUGAUCGAACGGUGUACACGUACACAAUUGUAAUGGAUGGAUUAUUUAAAAAACAUAGAAAUGAGGAAGCUUUGAAGAUUUGGGAUUUGAUGAUUGAUAAUGGAAUAACACCGAGUUCGGGUUCGGUUCGGGUUCUUUUGACCGGGCUUUGUUUAUCGGGUAAAGUGGGCCGGGCGUGUAGGAUUUUGGAUGAGUUGGCACCGAUGGGGGUGGUUGUGGAAACGAGUUGUGAAGAUAUGAUUAAUGUUUUGGUCAAAGCGGGUAGAGUUGACCAAGCGUGUAAAUUAGCGGAUGGGAUUGUGGAUAGAGGGAGAGAGAUACCCGGGAGGGUUCGUACGGUUUUGAUUAAUGCGUUGAGAAAAGUUGGGAAUGCUGACAUGGCGAUGAAGUUGAUGCGUAGUAAGAUUGGGAUUGGGUAUGAGAGGAUGGGUACGAUUAAGAGGCGUGUGAAGUUUAAGAUGCUUGUUGACAAGUGAGGUGUUGUUUAUUUUUUACUCAAAAAAGGGACAACCUUUGUGAAAUGACUUAUGUAUCCCUAGUGUCAUGCGGAUUAAAGAUGCACAGACUGGAGAGAUACGUAUCAGCUAAAAGUGAUUUUAUGUUAGAUACGCGUGUUGUAUAGGUAUCUUGUAAAGCUUGCGUUUUGUAAAUAUAUAGAAAUUAGGGCUAAUUAAUUUUACGAAAGAUGAAGAUUGUAUUUAUCUUUUUUCAAGUAAAUAGAAAAGUAUUGUAAUUUCUUUUCAGACAAAUGAGCUACUUGUUAAUAUUGUUAGAAUGUAGUGUAUAGAUAUUUAUUAAAAAAUAUUAUUGAUUUUAAUCAAUCAUAAUUAAAUAAUUAGCAAUUUAGAAUCCUAACCAAGACUAAACACGAAUGUUUGUAAUUAAGAGUCGGUUUUGACAGAAUAUUUCAAUAAAUAAGAUCAGAAUUUUAACAUUGCUACUUACACAUUACAGAAUUUAGAAAAUAAAAAACUAAAUUCCUAAAAAUAAAUACAUUUUCACGUCACAUCAUUUUUUUUCUCUACAAAAAAUUCUCCAAGUCAAACGGAACGAAAACGACGUCAUCAUCAUAUGAAACGGUG